UUGGAGCGGCGCCGACCGGCCAUACUGACAGACGUGGCUGGAAAUUACUAUAUUUUUUGCAGAACAUUUUCUGUGAGUAAAUGUAUUGAACCAAUUACGAGGUAGGCGCAAAUGAUUUUCUCCGAAAUUGGACUAAUGGACAAUCCUGCUACUGGCUGUCUAAUCUGAAAUCGGCCACAUAUGUUCCUAAAACGACUCGCCAUCAUGAUCCUUUCACUCUGGUGCAAGUAAAAGUUGUAUUUCUCACGCAUCGCAAGACAGGGAAAGAUACCGCACAACAAGACGGUUUGCAAUAUAAACGUUUGGAACGGGAUGUUUUAUCCCUCUGAAGUCUUAUUCUACAUCGAAAUGGAUCAAGCACCUCCAGUAUAAAAGACACCUGUCCAUCAACUCAAACAGUCACAUUCCAAACUCCACUAUGGCCAAGACCAAAGAGCUGUCAAAGGACACCAGAAACAAAAUUGUAGACCUGCACCAGGCUGGGAAGACUGAAUCUGCAAUAGCUCUCCCUCCCAGGUCAGCCAAACCCAUUACCUCCUUCAUGAACGACAACUGCCUAAGGGAAGCCCCAGUAUAUCCCCUGCAGGAUGCCGAGUGGUACUGGGGAGACAUUUCCAGGGAGGAAGUCAACGAGAAGCUCCGCGACACACCUGAUGGUUCCUUCCUGGUUCGUGACGCUUCCACUAAGAUACAAGGAGACUUCACGCUAACGCUGAGGAAAGACGGGCACAGCAAGCUGAUUAAGAUCUACCACCGUGAGGGGAAGUAUGGCUUUUCAGAGCCCCUGACCUUCUGCUCUGUAGUGGAGCUCAUCUGGCACUACCAGCACCAUCCUUUGGUGGAAUACAACGCUGUACUGGACGUCAUGCUCACACACCCUGUUUCCCGCUUCCAACAGGAUGAGCAGGUAGAAGUGGACAGUGUUGAUGUUGCCGGAAGGAAGCUACAGGAGUACCACAGUCAGUACCAGGAGAAGAGUCAGCAGUUUGACUGUCUGUACGAGGCCUACACUAAAACCUCACAGGAGAUCCAGAUGAAGAGAACUGCGAUAGAGGCCUUUAACGAGACCAUGCUGAUCUUCGAGGAGCAGUGUCGCGAGCAGGAGCGUUAUGGGGAGGAGUGUGAGAGGAGCAUUCGAUCUAAGGGAACAGAGAAGGACUUGGAGAGAUUCCUGAUGAACUAUGAGAAGCUAAAGUCUCGGCUGGGGGAGAUCUAUGACAGUAAGGUCCAUCUGGAACAGGACCUGAGGACCCAGGUCCAGGACUACAGAGAGACAGACAGGAGGAUCAACAGCCUCAGGCCUGACCUCAUAGAGCUACGCAACAUCAGAGACGAGUACCUCAAUUGGCUGAAUCACGAAGGUGUGCAACAGAAACGCAUUAACGAUUGGCUGGGGUUCCAAGACAAUAGCAGUGACAACACCUACGUGUUGAAGGGUGAGAGUGAGAGACUGGCGCACCAUGACGAGGGGAGCUGGUUCGUGGGCGAGCUGAGCAGGACCCAGGCUGAGGAGAUGCUGAUGGACAAACCCACCGGAACCUUCCUCAUUCGCGAGAGCAGCAAGCAGGGUUGCUACGCCUGCUCCGUAGUUGUUAAUGUAGAAGUGAAGCAUUGCAUGAUUUAUAGCACGCCACGUGGCUAUGGCUUUGCUGAGCCCUACGACCUCCACUGCUCUCUGAAGGAGCUCGUUCUGCACUAUCGCCUCAACUCCCUGGCACAGCACAACCAGGCCCUGGACGUCCGGCUGGAGCACCCUGUCCACGUCACUGCUGUCUCGUCAGCCUUGCCACACACAGCCACAGAGGACUGCCUGCUACAACAGACGGAGGAACACCACCUUCUACAGACUCAAACUAAACUACCUGCUGGACUCCCUGCAGCCGCUCCGGAGAUGUAGAUUAGUCAGCUGUGGGACGUGUUUGUGUACUGUAGCUAUCCUACAAGGACUACUUGAGGGUGGACUUGUUUGCGUACUGUAGCUAUCCUACAAGGACUACUUGAGGGUGGACGUGUUUGCGUACUGUAGCUAUCCUACAAGGACUACUUGAGGGUGGACUUGUUUGCGUACUGUAGCUAUCCUACGAGGACUACUUGAGGGUGGACUUGUUUGCGUACUGUAGCUAUCCUACGAGGCCUACUUGAGGGUGGACUUGUUUGCGUACUGUAGCUAUCCUACGAGGACUACUUGAGGCUGGACUUGUUUGCGUACUGUAGCUAUCCUACGAGGACUACUUGAGGGUGGACUUGUUUGCGUACUGUAGCUAUCCUACAAGGACUACUUGAGGGUGGACUUGUUUGCGUACUGUAGCUAUCCUACGAGGACUACUUGAGGGUGGACUUGUUUGCGUACUGUAGCUAUCCUACGAGGACUACUAGAGGGCGGACGUGUUUGUGUACUGUAGCAACUUGAGGGCGGACAUGUUUGCGUACUGAAGCUAUCCUACGAGGACAACUUGAGGACGUUCUUUUCUCAAAGAAGAAUGUGUGAAAUUUGCACUAGGAUGAUUCCAACUGAUUGGUGAAUGUAAUUUCACUUAAUUGGAACUUUGACCGGAACUUGAAUGUCUGCUAGGACUUUGUUUUUUAUAAGAUUCUGUUUGUUAUUUGUUUGUUUUUUGUACCCAUUUUUCACCUUUUCUUUCAUGGGAUUUGAUUUGUUUUAGUGGACCUGGUCAUCCGGGAGAUGACUGACUACAUAUACUAUGUCACAAUAUGUUGGUAUUUGUCAGGUGCUGUUUUUUAUUUGGACUUCUAGGGUCCCAUUUUGACAACACAAGUACUGGUGCUAAUGUAAAAUGAGAUUGUAAUACACCCAAUACCUUGGAAUUUUGAAUUUAUUUCAAACAUUUUAAUUGUUGUGAUUUCCAUGCACGGAAGAUUCCAAAAGUGUAAUUAGAAUAUAAUGGUACAGAAAAACAAGAUGGCUGACUCAGUGGCAUAGCGAGCUGUGGUACACAUACCAAACAUGUUCUGGGUAUUUCAGUACAUAGUCAUGCAAAUAUAGGAACUGAUGUGGCGCAUCUUGACAGUAGCGCUGUUUUUUUUGUUGUCAAAAUAUAACCCAGUUACCAGUUUAUAUGUAUUGUAUGUAGCAUAAACAAUUUUCUGGAUAUCCUUAGAAUGACAUUUUCCAUAUUGUAUCCAAUAACCAAAGCACUUGCUAUUAGUGAUAAAAGUAUAUAUUCCGACCAGAAUAUUACAUUUAUGGUGAUGGCGGAAAACACACCACACGUGCUUGAUCAAAACAUAAAUUGAAGUACUGUAUAUUAUAUUCUGUUAUUCAAAGUAUAAGCUUUUUGUAUUUUUUGAUAUUAUAUAUUUUCUGAAAUAUGCCACAGAAGAUGAAAGCUUGAGGAAAGUGCAAUCCAACAGUAUUUGUAAUUUUAGAAAUUCAUUAUUAUAAUUAUGGGGGGUCAUCAGCUUUUGCCACAGAAAUGCACUAACUUUUAAUUGGUGGUGUUAUUCAUCUGAUGACGUGACCUUUUAAGAACAUUGUGUGAACUGCCAGAGAUGCGGAAGUGUACAUUCUGUCUCUAUUACUUGAACUGUGGCAUUGCUCAAUAAGAGCGAUUAAUAUUUCCUCAAGACAUGUAGGCCUUCAUAGCUUAAGGAAAAUAAUACAUUUUGUUCUUGGCACAUAUGUCAAGUUUGAGGACAAAAGACACUCUGUAUUGAGAUACUGUAAAACUGUUGUGGUUGGUUGGAUGGAGGGUGUUUUAGUCUUUCUUAAAAACUAGACAGGAGCAUUGAGGAAACUCCUGGGGCGACUUUAAGCAAUGUGAGAUUCUUAAUUUUUCUUGCUGAAGACAAUAAACUGAUGAGGGUUUUGUUGAA